UAACACUGGAGUGAAUAAAAAAAUAGUAAGAAGGAGCACUUGACUGUUUGGAUUAUAUAAAAAGUUUUCAGAUAUAUUUUUAUGGAUAUUAAUAUAGUUUGAUAAAAGAGGAUAUACAUUUAUAUCAGAAAUCUCAACACUGUUGUAAGGUGUUGAUAUUUUCGUAAUGUAAUUGUUGGCAAGAAAAAUGAGCUCAAAUAACAACAACAACUCCUCCUACCUGGAGGUGAGCGGCCAGGAGGCAAGUGACAUCUUGGCGGCUGCUUUACAGCAGAUGGACGGAAUUAUUGCAGGCACAAAGUUUGACAGCAGUAGUGGUAGUAAUGGGUUUGCAUCUUUAACAUCAACUCCGGAGAACACUUUAAAACAUCGUAGUAACGUAACUGAGGCACGUAUCAUAAAACUUGUAGACGAUUUAAAAUUGGCAUUAGAACUGUGUGACAAUAAGCAACAGAUUAUACGCAAACUUCCUGACGAUGUCCUCACUGCUGUUGUUGCCUGGUUACAAAGUGGGAAAGAAGAGGCAAGCAAGGUAAGACCACUGUUUUUUGUCUAAUUUUAAGG